UUUUUCUUUGCCAUUCUGAUUUUAUUUGGAUCUUUAGCAAACUUUUUCAUCAUAAUGGUGAUCAUUUGUGACAGGACAUUCCACAAGGCUGCCAACUAUUAUGUGAUGAAUGUAUGUUUUGCAGAUCUGAUAAUCUGUGCUGUAAUAGGCCCAUAUAACUUAUAUACAAUUAUUGAAAAUCGUGAAAUAGCUGGAUGUGAAAUUAUGGGUACUUUAACAAAUUUAACAUUGAUUACAUCAAUUACGAGCCUGACUGCUGUUGCAGUUAACCGCUAUUACUUUAUCAAGCUACCCCUAGCCAGGUACUCAGCACUAUACAAACACUAUAAACUGGCAGCAUCAAUCAUACUUAUAUGGUUGAUCAGUGUAGUCCUUACAUUGCCACUAUCACUGACACAAACCCGGGGUGGAUUUGAUGAAUCACUUGGAAUCUGUGUGGCUUUGUUACCCGACAACACAGUAUUUACAUACUUUUACCAGCUGUCAAUUGUAACUGUCACUGGUUUACCAGCUAUCAUUAUAAUGCUCUUCUGCUAUUACAAAAUAUAUAAGAUUUUUAAGCAAAGCAUUGAAACUGUUUCUCACACACAAACAAGACAAAACAACAGUACAAAGGAUAAGUACAAACUCAUCAGAAAUCUUUUCAUCAUUACGAUACUUUUUACAAUAUGUUGGGUCCCAGAGUUUAUCACCACAGUUCUGGAUUUUAGAAUGGAUUUCCCAGCACUUGUAUUUCAGAUAACUGGCAUCUUAGCACAGAGUAACUCAAUCAUAAACCCCUUUACCUAUGUGCUGUUGAAUAAGAAGUUCUUCAAUGUGCUAGUUAAAAUAUUGACAUGCAACCGAAAAUGUUGUUUCAAGACAGUGAGGCCACCUAUUGGUGGUACAACUAAGUUAGAUGAUAGCCCAACAGCCACAAUUCAGAAUGUAUCUGCUUAAAAUAAAGUAAAUGGAAAUGGAAAUUAUGAUGACAUUUACUGGACUUAAGAUGUGAAGAAAUAUCACAGAAUUAAUUGAAUUUCUAUAAAUUAGCUCUUGAAUAUAGAUACCACCUAGAUGAGAGCUACAAGGACUUUACUAUAAAUCAACAUUGAUGCCAGAAACUUCAGAUGGGAAACUUCAAGCAGGCUCAAAGUCAGAAGCAUUUGUUCAGUUAAGUAAUUAUUCAAGUAGAAGUGGAAUGCAAAUAUUGUAAAUGAUCAUUCAAUGUCUAUGUCAAUGAAACAAUUUGUUCACAUAGGGGUUUAUUGUAUAACAUUGCCUCAACAGGGCAAUUUAAUUUCCCAAUAUGCGUAAAUUUGCUAUUCUAUAAAAAUCUAUAAUAGAAUCCUUUCAAGGUAUUACAUCUCCAGUUUUAUAACAGAAUUUCAUUUUUGAUUAUGUUGAGUCUUUUGAUUUUGAAAUAAAAUUAGUUA